AGGGAAAUAACACACAUUCUAAUAUUUGCUGGCGUAAUCGUUACUACUAAUCUUAUUUUGAAAUUAUUUGACAGGCAAUAAUUUAGGAUAUAAUAUAAGCAAAUGUAACAAAAUGAAUAAAACAUUGAUUUUGAGAGCUUUUUAAAUUAUUUUUUUUAAAUUAUAGAUUAUCACAUUAUGUCAUAGGUACAUAUAAAUUGGAUCUGGAACAAAAAUUGCAAUAAGCAAUGUCAAUGGCAAUAGUUUAAUUUAAACAAACAUUUUUAGCUAAGACAAGUAUCGUUAAAAAUUACUUAAGUCUACAAAACGGAAUACGAUACCAACAACAAAAAUGGCCGCUCCCAUUACGCUAAGCACUCCCAUGCUGGGAGACUUUGGCUUAAUAAAAACAAUUGAGGAAACAGAUAAUGUCCAGCUCAGUGAAGACAGUUCAGAUUCAACUGAUGAAAUGGUAAAUUAAUCACCAAUACAAUAUAUUCUAGGAUAGGCCUAAUGAAAAUUUCAACGAAUUAAUUGUGGAUGGGUAUCUUUGUGACAUUCAUUCAUUCAUUUAAUUAAUGAUUUUAAUUUACCUUUUUCACAUUUAGGUAAAAUGACAUCUGCCCCAAAUUGUCUGAAUUUACUGAACUGUAAUUUUUGUAUGUGGCCAGUGUUGGGUAGGGUGAGAACCUCCAAGGCCAAUGAAUUAGAGCGUAGACUUCUCCAUUAAAGUAUUAGAUCGCAGUACUUCCUUUCUCACAUUCACAUAGUUACAUAGUAGGUAUUUCGGUAAGAUCCGGGAAGUGCCGAAAACCGGGUAUCCUGAUUUCGUUGUCAAAAUGGCGACUUCCACUUUUUAAUUUACCGAGAGUCACGUUGUUUACAACUUUUUAACUAAUAUAUAGCCCAGCAUGUUAAUUCUAUUUCCGCCCACAACUUAUAGUAGACAUGUUGUGUUAUGAUUAGACACUUGAGUCCCCCAAAAAAUUUUGGGGCUUCACUUUGAAAAUUGAAGGUAAAAUAACGCAAUUUUUACUCAUUCAUAUUUUUUGUGUGGAAAAGAACCUUUCAUAGAAUUUCAAGGACUUUAUAAAUAAUGGCAUUAACUACAACAUAUCCAAGACCUGUUAAUUUAGGACCAUCAGUUUGGUCAGAAAUUUCAUGGGAAAUUUUAGUCACGUGUGUCCCAAAAUUACCUAUUAUCGUUAAUAUUCGUUGCUAUGGUAAAUAACCUGAUUUACUCUGGAAAUCCAGACUAUUACCCCCUAAUAACUUAGGCAGUGUCUACACGUCCGGCGCGCCGGACGUCUAUCUCCCGCACUAUGUGUCCGGCGACCAAGUCACAUGACCGCCGUAACAAAGUGGCGAGAGAUAUCUUGUCGGUCAGCCUUGUCACGUGACUGCGAAUAGUUCAAAACUAUUGUUAAUUUUAAAAUCUAUUUCUCUACCAAGUAAUGUACUGAGUAUCUUGAAUGCAAAUAAUAGAAAAAAAAAACUUUAGUGAAAGUGGCUUGUAAACAUUUUUGUUUAGUUUGUUAUUUGAGUUUGUGUGCCAGUAAUCCAUAAAAUAAAUUAGGGGCCAGUGUGGAGUAGGCGUAGGCAACCAAUAAAAGUUAAAGUAAAAGAUUUGAUAUUAAAUUAUUUCAAUUGCUACAAAAUUUGUGCAAACUUCUCAAGAAACCACUGUUGCUGAGGAAUAUGUUAAUAUAAAUAUGUACAAUAUAUUUUUAAUUAAAAUGGGAAGAUAAUAAACGACCCUAUCCCCGGUAUAGAUCCUCAAACCUUCCUAUCGUCAAGCAACCUCUCUACCACAAGACCACACAAGAUGUACUAAACCGUACUUCGUUUGGAAUUAUAAAAACUACUAGUCGUCCGGCCAUGUCCGGCGGUCACGUGACAAGCAGCCGGACGUAUAUCUUGCGCACUACAGGUCCGGCGCGCCGGACGUGUAGACACUUCGAAUAACUUAUUAAUUUAGAAAUAAAAAUAAAAUAAUUAAUAAAACAAACACAUAUUUUUAAUAUGAUUUGAUGCUUUUAUUGAGGGAUAUUAGGUUAAAAAAGCCUAAUUAAUUACAAUUAAUAGUUAACUAUUAGUUUUAUAUACUGUUGUUAUAUGUAUACUAUUAACUAUAUAUAUACAUAUAAUAUAUAUAAUAUAUAAUUAUAUAUAUAUGUGUGUAUGUAUAUAUAGAGGCCUAGAAUAGUAUUACUAUUAUAAGUGUAGGCCUAUCCACCACCCCCCAUCAAAUAGUUAUUUGUAGGACCCAUUAUUCAUAUGUAAUGAUAUAUAUGGUGAUUCUUAAGGCAUAAAUUAAGUAAAAGUGUACAAAAAAUAUUCACUUACCUUUGGUAUUGAAAUAUCCUAUAUUAUAUUUAAUCACAUAUCACACUAUUCCAAAAGAGAAUUAUCAUAUAAUCCUCAGUAUUCUCAAAGAAAAAAACACACUUUCUACCACAAAAAUCCAAGAAUUACAUGAGAUAUUACUAAAAUUUAAUAAUAAAACAUUGUAAUUACCUCAAGCAAAUAACUAGAACUUAUUUAAAAUUCUAUCAACAGCUAAAGUUGAUUCUAAUAAUAAAUGUUGAUCUGUGAAACAACUGUACUAACUUAAAAUAAAUGACAUACUAUUUUUUGUCAUAUUCACACAUUCAUAUGGUAUGGGACUAAAAUACAUUAUAUAGAAAAUGGUAAAAUAAAAAGUUUAAUUGUCAAUUUUAACUUAUUGAAACAAAUAAUCCCUUUAUUAUUAGUAUAUACUUAUAAAUUUUAAACAAUUCCACAGAAAAUUUGAAAUUAAUAUCUUAAGAAUAUUUUAUUAUUAUUAUGAAUUUUGGGAAAUUGAAAAAAAAUAUUUAUACAUAAUUAAUUAAUUAAUUACGAAUAAGUGACGAGUCAGCAUAUUUUAUAUAUUUUUAAUAGGAAAAUAAUAAAGAUUUUUAAAAUAAUUUUUGCGGAAUAUUAACAAAAACUAACUUAUAUUUUGUGGUUUUAUUUAGAAGUACUCUAAUUAAAAUAUGUUCCCUGUAAAUAUUAUAUUUUUGUGUCAUUUUAUAAUAAAGUUAUAGGCCUUAAAAAAAAAAUCAAAAUGAGGGUCACGAAAUGUGGAGGAAAAUCCCAUAGUAAAAAAGUGCCUUUGAGGUCCCUACUAAAAAAUUCAUAACUUUUGAACCACUUGAGCUAGAAAGUUGAUCUUGGUGUUUUUGUAAUCUAUUCUCCAGGCUCUAUACAGCUGUAGUGUUUUUAUAUUUUUAAAAAUGUUUUGAAAUUUUAAUCAAAGUGCCUAUACAUAGUAUGAUAGGACUAACCAAAUGCCCAGAGCCUAAUUCAGGAUAAAUGGGUAUACCGAUAAAUGUAGCCUUAGUCUUAGGGGUCAUCCUUAAAUGAUGUCCCAGAGAUGGUGGGGGGGGAGUGUAUAGUUAUCAAAAAAUGUAAAUCAAUGAUUUACAAUGCCAAUUGCACAUUAUUUAAAAAAAGGCCUGCGAAACUAUUGACUUUGGCCUGCGUACACCGCAUCACCGCAGCGAUUUAAAGUAGCAAAACCAUGGUCUUUGCGAGUCUUUAACUUUUUGGCCUAACCGGUACUUGUAGAUUUAAUGCUAUCCUCUUGUUAAAACUGAAAACUAUUUAUUUAAAAAUCGUUCAGUACCUUGGGAGGAAGAUAUUGACUAAGUUCCACAUUUAUAAGUUAUGUGGCAAAAUACUUGUAGAGCAUUUCUUAGGGAUAACAAUACUCGUCCACGCACCGUUCUGCGCAUGUCCUAAAAUGUAAAAAAAACGUGUUCUACAAUAUGGCGUAUGACUACACGGUAUCUUUGGAAAAUUGCAUACUACGUCACCUUUGUUUAUUAAAUAAUUGCUUUCCUCAUCAGUGACGUAUCAGUUUUUUAUGUUCUGGUCAUAUAUUGAUUAAUGCUACUAGAUUUUUUGUGCAUCACGGACAGUAUUAUUUAUAUUAUAAUGACUCGGUUAGCAUAUAAAUCACAUAAAUACUUUUUUACUAGUAAAGCAACCAAAAUAAGGUUUAUUGCUACCCAAUCUACAUUCAUUGUAUGAGUUUUUUCAUUUUUGAGUUAUUAUCGUUGAGCUGUCUAUAAAAAGUUAUGUUUCCCACAAAGAAGUGGGGGGUAUAAAAUUGUCAUUAUUUUUUUAUUUUCAUCGAGAAGCCGGAAAUAGCUGCUAUCACUGUGAUUCGUUAAUGUUAAAUCAUUAAACAUCUAAAUAAUUAUAAGACAUUUAAAAUGAAUAAUUUUAAGAAAAGAUUAUAACCAAACUUGAAAAGUUUAUGUAGUAACCAAGGGUUGGUUUUAAUUUUUAAUUAUUACGUUAAAAAUUGUGUACGUUACCGGUAUACAGUUACGUUCUUCAUUAUUGAAUCAUUAUCUAAUUUAAAAGUUUUACAAUAGUAAUAUCAUAUCAAUAAUAAUAAUAAUCGUUUUCUCUAAUUAAUUAUUUCAGAGAAUAUUACUAAAAUUAGGCCUACAUAUCAAUAUCAAUUAUAAUCAUAAACAACUGUCUAUUUAUUAAUAGUCUAUUUAUUAUUUAGGCUUAAGCUAAGCUUAAUUUUUCUUCAUCAAAUUCUAUUACUACGACUACCACCACACUUACAUGCCUAAUUAAAGUUAGUGUGUUUUUUUUUUUAAUUUAAUGUACUAUAAAGUGUACAUUUUAAAAAAUUUUAAAGUUAAUGUAACAUUCUAAUACUUAGCCUUCUUACUGUGUGUCUUUAUAGGCUAUAAUAUAUUAUUAGAAUCAGAUAAUUGUAAGUUUAUUGAAUUGACAGUCUACUCUAGAUAAUAUUUUUUUUGUUAAGCCUAUAUAUAACAGUUUUAUUAAAAUACAUCAAAUUAAUUUUUAAAAAAGACUCAAACAACAUCAUCGUAGUAAUUAUAUAUUUAUUAGGACAUAGAAAAGUAGUACAUAGACAAUUAUAUAAUAUAUCAAAUAACAUUUUUUAAUGAAUUGGUCUCAUCAUCAUGGAUGAUUUUAUUUGAGUCAUUUUUAUUUAUAAUAACAUGCGUUCAAUUUUAUAUAUAAAAAAAGACUACUUACCUUUAUAGAAAUAUAAUAAUUGAUUUAAAAUUUAACAAAAGCAUAAUAAUAUGAGUUAAAAUUCAAUAAACAAUUUCCCAAUUUUUCUGUUCACUUUUUUCUGAACAUGCCCACAAAUAUAUAUAUAAAAAAAUAAAAAUCUUUGUUACAUAAAAGUUUUGUUGUAUAUUUAUUGCAUUGAGAAUGUCUCCUGACAAUUUGGUAGCAUUAUCUUUUAAAAUCCAAAAGUUUUGGGCAAAAUAAGGCAGAAAUUUGUAAAGUGGGUCACAUGUUUUUUCAGUUAAAUACUAAGAUAAAGAAGAGGGUUUUAAAAAAUCACCCAAAAAAUCAUAACUCCACUUCUAUAAAAGAUAGAAAGAUGAAAUUGGUGUUGUUGUAAAGCGUAUAGCUAGCCCUUUAAAAUGAUGUAUCAUUCAUGGCAAUCGGAAAAUAUUUAAAUUUUGUGUCAAAGUACCUACUUAUUAUUUAUUGGAAGGGAGGGGGCUGGGGGUGUAAUGUUAAACCAUGAUUUAUUUUUAGUUAACCACUUUAUUUCCCCCCAUAUUUUGAAAUACAAAUAUAUUUAUUAAUUGUUGCAAGUUUUAUCCUUUGAUUGUGAAUCCUAAUAGGCAUAAAAAGGGUUAGCUAAUUUGAAAUUAUUCUCUCCAAGUUUUUUUUUUUUUGGGGGGGGGGCAUUAUUAUUAUAAAAUUGUAUGUGAUCUUAGGGGCGUGGUGUAAAAAUGAAAGGGAAGCCAGCAUAUCUAUUUUGUUAGCACCAAGAUAUAAUUACACCACAAAUACAUCACGGGAAGAGAAUUAUCCUUUGAUUGUGAAUCCUAAUAGGCAUAAAAAGGGUUAGCUAAUUUGAAAUUAUUCUCUCCAAGUUUUUUUUUUUUUGGGGGGGGGGCAUUAUUAUUAUAACAUUGUAUGUGAUCUUAGGGGCGUGGUGUAAAAAUGAAAGGGAAGCCAGCAUAUCUAUUUUGUUAGCACCAAGAUAUAAUUACACCACAAAUACAUCACGGGAAGAGAAUCACAUACUCAUACAUUGAUCAUGAAGUCGUGAAGUUAAAGUUGUCCGAGGCAUUGUCUUUGUGAUACCAAGCAUGUGUCAACACAAAACAAUAGUAUGAUGAUAAAUACAAAACACUGCAGUAAUUUUUAAAAGUCUUUUAACAAUAAUUAAAUAUCAUUGAAUUAGUUUUACAUUGGCAUUACACAUUAGUAAAAAAAAUGCUGGCGGGCUUCAGCACCCCCCUCUCUCCGGGUUGGGGGGGGGGGAGAUGCAAAAGGUAAGUUUGUUGUGUGGACGUCUUUUGUGGACAACCCCUGUCCAGAGCCUUGAUUUGUGUAGGCCCUCUUUUUGGUUAAGCCUCUGCGCAUAAGUCACCUCCACCCCCCGGCAAGGAUCGAUUUCUUAACAAAAAACAACAAAUAAAAAAACUUUGAAAUAGCGCAAAUCCUGUCCCAAGCGCAUGGUUUCUGUUGGAAAAUGUUGUGUUUUACCCUGAGAAUGGCACAUGCCUUGCCAUUCUGGAAACAAAUUCCAUCAGGAACAGGCUAAACGCAGACUUAUGGCUUUGCUAUACAGUUUGCUACCGCGCCGUAAGUUUCUAAAAUCGUGGUGUUUUCAAAAGAUUUGCUGUGAGACUGAGGGUUGUGAAUGAACCGUUGAUAUCGUGUGUACAUUUUGCCAAUGCAUAGUGAAAGCAAGAUCGUUGAAAAACUACCAUGCACAUUAAUAUUCAUUUGAUAUUAUUGAUAUACUGGUAUUUUCUUUGGGUGUUCGUAAAAUGAAAAUAUUCAACUACACGAAGAAUUUUGAAAUGCAAUAAAAUAUCACUUACUACCGUAUUCAAAAUGUUUCUCUUAUACAUGUUACAUACACUAUACAUGCGCUUUCAGAAACUUUCAGUUUGUUUUCUAAUGUCUUAUUACUAAUAUUACGGGUAUUUUCAAAGUUAAUGGCCAGCACAACUUGUUGAAACACUUAAUAAUCUGAAUAUAACAUAUAUUUAAAUUGUUUAAAUUGCUACAAAAUAUUUAAAAACUUCUCAUGAAACUACUUUUGCAAAAGAACAUGAUAAUUUAUAUAUAAAAUAUUUUUAAUUAAAAUGGGAAGAAAAAAAAAACUCGAUCCCCUACUGAGAAUUGAUCUAAAAAUAUAAUAUCGCCAAGUGUCCACUCUACCACUUGACCACAAAAGAUCUUCUCUAACAGGCAUAUCUUAAAACAAGGCCAAUGGUACAUUUUUGCCGUGGUGUACCCAGGCCAAAACCCAUGAUUUCGCUAGGUAUACCACCGUGGUUUACGCAGGCCAGAGUCGAUGGUUUCUCUAGGUACACCGCCGCGGUGUACGCAUCCACUUCGUUAAAAAAAUUAAGGUUUUAAUCGAAUUAUUUAUAUUGGCCAUCCAUAUUUAUGAAUGCAAAAAAGUAAAAUAUGAGGCCAAAAAGAGUUUGUCCUCCAUUAUUUUGUGACCUUAUUUAUUCUGUUGUUUUCAUUUUUAAUUACUGCUGUCACUUACAAUACCUACAAAUUAGAAAUUUAAAAUUACUUCUUUAGUGAAAAAAAAUUAAAACCCAUGUGAUGUGUGCUUUUUUAAAACAAAUAAUUUGAAAUAUAAGUCUAAGUUGAUCAUAAAUUUAAACAAAAUUUCUUUUUAAUUAGACAAAUUAGUGAAACAUAAUUUUAUUGUUAGUUUUCUCAGUAACAUUUAAAUGUAUUUUUGACAUAUUCUAAAGGUUUCCAAGAAGAAGAAAAAAGAGAUGAGAAAAAUUGGACUUUUUAACUCUUCAUUUAAAUUUGACACUGGAGAUACUGUGAGUAAAUAAUUUUUAAUCAUUUGUAAUGAGGGUUGAGAGGUUUUUUUUAUUGAUUGCUUGAUUUAUCUUAUCUAUUUAUGCUUAAACUUAAAGGCACUUGCUAAAAAGAACUUUUGUUUGUUUUUGUGCAUUGUUAGCAACAUAAUAUAUUAUUUCUUAAUAUGUUAUUAUGAUUGCACAAUUUUAUGUUUUUAAUUUUAAAUUUCAUUUUUAUUCAAUUAAAAAUUUUCAGUUUUUAAUUUUUAGAAAUUAGAAAUCAAUUUGAUGAUGAGAAAGCUGGAAAAUUAAUUUUUCUCUUCAAAUGAUUAAAUAUGAAGUCUCUGGUGGAAUCAAAUGGCAUUAACAUUUUGCAAUAUUAUGACAUUAAUAUUCAUAAUUUAAAGUGUGUAUCUGAAUUACAAUUCCUUUUCAAAUUGAUUAGCCAAUGGCUAUAAUAUUGAGACUAUAUUAUGACUAUAGAUGGUUAUACAAUUUUUAAAUAUUAUUUAGUUAAUUAUUCAAUGUUUAUACUAAUUAAGUCAAAACCUUAAAUUAUCGGAAUUCAUUUUUUUUUUUUUUGUAGAUCCUAGUUGGAAUUAUUAAUUAUGAAAUUAAGAAAAUUUUAAAGUGAAUAAACUUACCAAUUUUUUUUUCUUUCUUUCUUUAGCUGCCCUUGCCAAAGUCAAGUUAUCUGAACUUGAAACCUAAAGGAAUGUCAAACAUAUCUUCAUUGGAUGACAAAAUAUCUAAAGUCAGAAAAGAGAGACUGGUAAAAUCUUUAUUUGUUUUCAUAAUCAUUGCUUUUUUUUGUUUAGUGCCCUCCAACCGAGUUUAGAUUGAUAACCAAUAGAGCUGUCGUGUGUCUUUUGGAGGCCCCCAUGCCACUUUUGACUUUAUGUCAUGUAUAUGCUAUAAGUCAAUUAUUAGAAAUGUGACAUGUGCAAAUGUUGUGUUGUAAGACAUCAUUUGGGGAGGAUGUAGCAAGAUGCUGUUGUACAAGGCAACACACUUGAUUUGAAAUAUAAAGAAAAUGAUUUAUUGUUCACUGUUCAAUAUGACCUAUCAAUAUGUAUACAAUUCUGAACAACUCUUUGGAAAAUAUUUAAUACAGGCCUGAUCCGACAAACAGACUCUGCCAAAAGAUCCAUCUGAUUGUAAUAUGUUGAGGUUUCUUAUACCUUAACAUCUCAAUAUAAAGAGCUCACUACAAUAAAACAUGUCCUUAUGAUGCCAUGACCAUAACACCCCUUGUGUUCAAAGUUAAUAGUCCACAUCGCAACUUUGGGCCACACAAAUAUAUGCUGGGCUCACACUAUUGUUCUGAUAACCAAGCAUCAUUCUAGAUGGAUUUCAUAUUUUAAUUUGACAAAUAUUUUCUUUCUUUGUAUAAAUAGCUUUGUUUUAUUAAUUUGAUUAAUAGUCCAUUUUAAAUUACUUGAAAAUGAAGAGUAUGAAUUGUCAGACUGGAAAUAAUGCAAUAAAAAUAAAAUAUAUUAAAGUUUCUUCUGAAUUCCAUUAGCAUCCUUUGGUCUCAUAAAGUAACUUACUACCCAUCCUUUCUGCACAGACUUUCUUUGCGUAGUGUAUUUUAUGGAAAAUAUUUUCUACUUUUUAGUACAUUUAGACUGGUUUUUGGAAGAAAUUCUUUUUUUUUUUAAAGUUGUUAAAAUGUUUUUUAUUUGGCUUUCACUUCCAUUAUGCAGCUUCUAGUGCAUCAAUGUUUUAGUGCUCUGCUGCUAUGGUGUAGAUGUACAGUUUGAAGCACAUUCUGGGGACAUUAAUAGUUUCCAGGCUCCAUGAUCUACUCCUUAAUUUAUAUGACCUUUUUUUCCAUAUGUAGUCACUGUAGCUGAUAUCCAUUAUCUUUGAUUUUUAUCGUAGUUUUCUGUGUCAUUUCCCAUAAAUAGCACUUUGGUUGCUGUGUUGGCAUGCAGGUAGAAUUUAAUUUGUAUAAAGAAAAAUUUGGAACCAAUUGUUCACAUAUACAAUUUUUGAAAUAUAUUUGUGUGAGAUGAGUUCAGCAUUUCAAACUGUUUACUGAUUUCCUUGUCAUCUAUUAAACUAGAAAAAGGGCAGUGGCAAGGUAGAGGAUGAGGAAGACAUGAGUUUGGAAGAGGAUGAGACAUCAGAUGAAGAAGACAUGAAAAUGGGUAAUUUUAAAAAAAAAUAACAAUUCCAAAGUGAUUUUGGAAAGAUAACUAUGAACUGAAAUUUUUUUAGUACAGUAGAGGUCCGAUAAUCCGGCACGUUCGGGAUCGGCUAGUUGCCGGACUACCGAAAAUUCCGGUCUAUCGGGCGGUGCCCCUUCUUUUUAGUGUAGGCUUUGCCGUAAAACAAAUGUACUUUGUUUUUUAACUACAUACACACAUAAAUCGUAAUUAUAAGAACAAUUGGGUUAAUAAUUAAACUACAAAUACAGUAUGCAAAUACAACAAAUUUUCGUGUACAUACAUUAUAUGAAAUGUAAAAUAAAAUUUGUUGUAUUUGCAUACUGUAUUUGUAGUUUAAUUAUUAAAAAUAUGUUUUACAGUACGUGCACAUACAUUAUAUGAAAUGUAAAAUUACUGUAAAACAUAUUUCACUUAGAUUUAAAAAAGUCACGAAUGUCUUUUUGUUUUCUUGACUUUUGGCGUUUACUAUAAAAUUUAUUUGUAAUGAUAUGGAAAUCAAUAAUUUCUGAAGCACUGUAGCUAGUACUAGCCUCAGCAAAAGAGAUAAACUUAUUUAGUGAUUCUGCAGCUUCUGCCCAGCUGAUUUUGUCCUGUUCUUCCAUUUCGGCAUCUGAGUCACUUUCUUCAAGAUUUUGACUAGGCUGAGGGUUUACUACACUUUUGAUAAUGUCCUCAUCGGUUAGUUUUUGUUCAACAGGCUCAUUCUUGUCGAUUAGAAGCCACUUCUUUACCUCAUCUUCAGGCAGGUUUUUCAAGGGGUUGUCAGCACUUCUAACGACAUCCAAAACUUUGGUCAGAGCGUCUUGAUGGUUUUCUUCCUCAGCAGUCUGUAGAGCUAGGUCAGAUGCAGGGUUUGCAGCUGGCCAAAGUUUUCUCCAGCAUUUUUGGAGUGUUGUAUUUUUUAUCUGGUUCCAAAACAGUGCAAUAGCAUAGACGGCAUCUUUUACUGUAAACUUUUUUUGAAAAUCAGUCACGUCACAGCCGGCAUUUAACAGGCCUUGAAUAAAAGACCUUCUAGAAAAGCAUUUAAAAUUUUGAAUAACCCCUUGGUCCAUGGGUUGAAUCAAAGAUGUUACGUUAGGUGGGAGCAGAGUAGCAACAAUAUUUCCAGAAACUAACUAAUCUACUGGCGGGUGGGCUUUGCAAUUGUCCAAAAGAAGGAUGGCUUUAGUAUCUUCUGGUAGACCAAGGCUUUUGAAGGAUUCCUUGACCUGAGGCACAAAGUGGUGAAAAAACCAGUCUUUAAAGAGGGCGGCAGUCAUCCACGCAUUUGAUUGAGCAUCGUAUUGGACAGGCAAGUGUGUAACAUUGUUAAUAGCCCUGGGUUUUUUAGAUUUACCUAUCACCAGGGGUGCCACUUUUCCGGGUUGUCCCGGAAUUCCGGAUUCGUGAGGCUAAAUAUUUUUCAUUUCCGGAUUCGCGACUUUUUAUUUGCUAUCGUUCCGGGUUCGCAAGUUCAAUUUUUUCAAACACGGGCGCUGGAUUUAAAAAUUAAAGACGAAGCCAACGCAGAAGCGCGCGAAGGUCCAUCCAUUGCGGGAGAAGCGGGUUGGUCGGUUUUUCGCUAUAAAUAGAGCAGGUACCAUGUAUCGCGACAUAUCGCCUCUCACUUUCUGGUUUGCGAGCGUCUCGUGUUAGUUUGCAAUCACAUCGCUUUUUGCUGAGUCAAGUUACUUACACUUAUCGGACAAUCCUAUUUCCAUUGAUUGCCUUUUAAUAUAAAUUACUACGGACAGCUAGAAGUUGCCACGCUUCUGUUAUAUUUAUAAUUGAAAACAAAAAGACUUUACUUUCUUAAAAUGCGUUUCUUGGAUGAGAAAGAAAAUAUUGCCGAAUUGGAGAAAACUGUUAAAAACAAGUGGCGAUGGCAAUGGUUGGAAAAUGAAAAUGACAGUGGUGCUUCGUUUAAAGUUUGGUGUAAAAAAAUCAACCACCCUGGUAAGUAAUUUACUUACUACUAUUACUACUUAAUACUAAUAAUUACUACUAUCAUUGUACAUAUUUGCAUAACUUCUAUGAUUUUCAUUUCAUUUACUUUAUCUGCUUUUUUUUUUUUUGUACCUAACACUAACAAAUAUUGUUUACGCGCGAUUGUGAAUUUGCGUUGCAAUGAACAUUGUUUUUACUAACAUAACCAUUACCAUUAAAGAUUACCUAAAGGUUAUUGAUAGUUGUGGAGGCCACCACAUCUUUUUAGGGUUCAGGUUAGUUUUAGGGAUACAUUUACUUAGAUUUAGUGACAGAAUUUCACAGAAUUAACUGGUUUCUCAACCAAGAUGGUGGGUGGCCAAUUAUGGCAUCCACAAUCACCAUUUACCAAAAAAUAUAAAAGAAGUAAUUUAAAGUCAACCUCAAUCUUUACAGGUACAUGUUUUUGCAUAGUAUGCAAUCAAACUUUAGUCUAUGGAUCUUCUGGGAAAAAAGCUUUGACAGACCAUGCCAACAAUCCUGCACACUGUAGUGCUUUAGCCAGCCUUCAAAAGAGCUACAUUUUACCUGGCACUACAUCAGACAUUUCUAGCAGAAGGCAGUGUUUAACUGAUAGGGUUCAAGAUGUCAAAACUGUUGUUGGUGCCUUCCUAGCGGAACACUGCUUACCAUAUAGCAUGUCUCCACACAUUCUUGAAUUGUGUAAAAAACUUGCCCAAGACACAGAGGCUCUAAAUGCUACAGCAAUGGGACGAACAGCAGCAACAUACACAAUUACCCAUGGUAUUGCUGAAGAAAUGAAAAGAGAACUGAGUGACAGUCUGCGAUUCAAAUUUUUUUCGCUUAACAUCGAUGAAGCAACAAACAAUGCAGGGAACAAGUUUUUAAAUGUUCUUGUUCAAUUUUUUUGUGACACUCAAGAAAAAGUUGUUGUUGACUUUCUUGGCUCGAGGGAAGUUAAUUUUUCAACUUCCGAAAAUAUUUUCAAUGCAAUAGAGAGUAUUCUUUUUGAGAGAGGUCUCUCCUGGUGUCAGGUUAUUUCCUGUCUAAUGGACAAUUGUAAUGUGAUGCGUGGAGUCAAGAACGGAGUUGAGUCAUUGAUACGACGAGCCAAUCCAAAUCUCCUCAAUGUCAGUGGUGACACUGUGCAUAUGAUGAACAAUGCUGCUAAAGCAUUUUUUGAGCCCAUUGAGGAAUUUUCAGACUUUCAGACAUUUGCUUCCAACAUUUUUUAUGACAUAGAGGACUCUCCAAAGGCAAGAGCUUUUUUUCAUGAAAUACAGACAUUACUGUAUUCAAAGGUGUGGACCAUAUUUAGGCCAAUUGCAAAUAGAUUUUUGCAAAUGAAAGACGUUUGUGACAGAUUGCAUCAGCUAUGGGAUGCUCUAUUUAUAUUCUACUUUGGCUUCCUGUCAAAUAUUGAACAAUCCAAACAUAAAAUGGAUGUUAAAGAAAUCUAUGUAAAGUUUAAAUUAAACACCAACCAGCAGGCCAAACUUGAAAACAUCAUAACAAAUAUGAAAAAACAAACAAAAACAAAAGCUGGGACUGUUCGAAAAGAAAGUAUUUUGUUGCUCCUUUUCCAUCAAAAACAGAGGACUCAUGUAACACUACAAUUGUAUAGAGGAAUCACGCAAGAUUUUGCAAAGUAUGUAAAGUGUUACCAGUCGGAAAAGCCACAAUGCCAUCGUCUGCAUACAGACAUGUAUGAGCAGUUGAAAACUUUUUAUUCUGGCUUUAUUGAACCCAGUAUUAUUGCUGACCCUAACAAAGGUAUGAAACACCUUUCCCAGAUAAAUACAAACGACAGAUCAAUUCAAGUUAGGGACAGGCAACUUGGUUUGGGUGAUUUUUGUCUUCCUCUUAUUAGAGAAUGCCUUAGGGACAAACAUAAAAAUCACUGGAUUAAUGACUUCUAUGUUGCUGUCAGAAAAGGCUAUGUCAAUGCAAGUGACAAGAUGAAAAAACUGCCACUUUUAAAUAGCACUAUAAUACAGCUAUCGACUCUGGACCCUGGUUUGCAAAAGUCGUCCACAACAGCUGGUGCUUUGGGAAAAUUAGGUGAAAGCUUACCAAAUGUCAUCAGUUCUGACAAGUGUGGCAUUCUGGAUGCUGAAAUCCGCAUGUAUACUGUCGAUGCGUCAAUGUCACAGUUACAUGCGGAUGAGACUGCACCCGAUUUCAACCUGGACAAAGACUGGUGGAGCAAGUUAAUAGCUCUAAAGCUAAAUGGUGAAACAAAGUAUCCAUUACUAGGUUCACUAGUUAAAGCUCUACUCUCAAUUUUUAGUGGUCCUUUGGUGGAAAACACCUUCAAUAUCAUGGACGAUAUCAUCGAAGAUGAUCGGGCGCGGAUGACCCACAAAAACUAUGAGAGUUUGGCCAUUGUAAAAAGCCAUCUCAAGGCCCGGGGAGAAAGUGCCAUCACCAUGACUGUAUCUCAGUCGAUGAGAAAGUAUGUUUUUUCUGCCAGGCAGCGCCAUCAAGAGUAUAUGGAGCUACCUGCAAAAGACACUAUGGCAAAGUCAGUUUCAUCGUCAACUGAAGUUAUACAACCAACACUACCAUCCUCAGCUUCAUCUGUGCCAUCAUUAGGUACCUCUUCUGUAUCAACUAUGUCACCUGCUUCAACAUCCUUACCAUCGACGGCCUUUUCUUCAGCUGCUCAAGACAUUGUAACAGAAAUUUGUCAAGAAAAAGGAAACAUACAGACACCACAAAUACUGCAGCCAUUACAAAGUUCUUCAAAAAAAUAUAACUUCAUUUGUUACACACUUUUACAUAUCACUUGUUAAAUAUUUGUUGUAAAUAAUUGAUGCCUAUUUUGAUGUUAUAUAAAUUGAUUUGUUACACACUUUUACAUAUCAGUCGUUACAUAUGUGUUGUAAAUAAUUGAUGCCUAUUUUGAUGUUAUAUAAUUUGAUUUGUUACACACUUAUACAUAUUAUUUGUUACAUAUUUGUUGUAAAAAAUUGAUGCCUAUUUUGAAUUUAUUUCUUAUGUCAACACUGAUAAAUAUAUAUUGUAUGCCACACUGCAUUUCUUAAAUAGUUUGAUAGGAUUUUAUUUAUGCGUUUGUAAUAAGUGCCAGUAAAAUAUAUUGUUUGGGAAAAUUAAUGUGGAUACAUAUAUGCGUAUAUGAUGUUUCGUUAAGAUUCAGGGUUUGAAAAAUGUGGAAAUGAAGUUUCAGGGUUCAGGAAAUUUUUAAAAAGGCAUUUCAGGGUUCAUAGCUUACGGUGAGUGGCACCCCUGCCUAUCACAAAAAGGGUCACUCGGUGGUUUCCAGACGCAUUAGCACAUAGCAAAACGGUUAAUCUGUCUUUGUUUUUUUUAAACCCUGUUUCAUCAGCAUUGUAAAUCUGUUCAGGUGUUAAAUCAUUAUCAGCCACGAUUUUCUCAAACUCGUCUUUGUAUUUUUCUGCAGUUUUUUGGUUUGCUGAAAGUAUUUCUCCAGUUAAUCAAGUCUUCGAAUUCCAUGCCAAGCUUCUGAGCCAACCAAUCAGAAUAAUUACAUUCACUUUCAGCAUCUCCUAAAUCUUGGCCGAAUUUCUUUGCCUUUUCAACAAUCAUUGGCCCUGUUACCGGCUUUCCUUCAGAACGUACUGCACUAAACCAUUUGAACAAUACACUAUCUAGCUGUUCCAGUUUUGUUUUUUUUAAUGUUUGUCUUGAAGCCAAUUUUUCAGUUGUUACCGAUUGAGAAGAAAACUUCAUUAGUUCAUCUUUUUGUUUUUUAAUGUCAUAAAUAGUUGAUGAGCCAAUAUUAAACUUAUUCAUUAAAACAUUUCUAUUCUCACCUUUUUCUAGCCGUUUGAUGAUUUCUAGUUUCUGAUUGAGAGUCAGUGUUACGUGUUUUCGUUUCUCUCCUUUUGAACUCGAAGGCUUAGGUUUUGAAAACAUGGUCACUGUACAGUUAGAACGAAACUCACUUUGUUUAUAAACAGUUUCAAAAGUUACGUACGUCACUACAGAUGUACAGUAUUACAGUAGAGAGUACUGAGACACAGUUUACUGCGAUGUGAAAGGACACAAAACAACAACGCACAAAAAAAAUGGCGAAGACGCUUCAUGAUUGAUUAACUGUGCUGUAUUUGUUGUGACAGCUGAGACUAGCCGGCCGCUAAUUGUUUCUGAACAAUACUGAGCGCUUCCGGAUGAUCCCGAACUACCCCGAAAACUUCCGAAUAGCUCUCGAGCGUUUUUAUUUGCUUUAAAGACGCACUUUUGGAGAAAACCAAAAUUUUUAUAAUUUUCCGGAGCGAUGCCAGAUUAUCGGGCAUUCUGGACUGUUGGAUGACGGACUAAUGGACUUCUACUGUACUUUUUUCUUUUUACAAUUAAAAAAAAUUCAAUGUACUUUUUCUUUUUAAUGACAAUUCAUCAAAUUAUAAAACCUAAUUAGUUAUUGCUUGUGGUUGCUAAUGUUUCAAAUAUUAACUUUCUGACUGUAAUUGUUUUUCAGACACAGUUAGAAAUAAAGAUAAAAAAAGAAAGAAAAGGAAAGGAGGAGGAGAUGAUCAAGAUGAAGAGGUUUUAAUUCUUUACUCUAUUUUUAAUUUAUUUUAUUUUGAUAAAUGUCAUCUAAUUAUAAUAGGUGCAAUUUAUAAUCAAAAUAAUCUUAUAUAAUUAAUGGAUUUUAAUUACAUUUUUUUUGGUCAAACCUCUUUAGGCUGCUAAAGUCCACUUUUCUGAGAGUGUUGACACUUAUGAUGAUAAAAUAGGUUUCCAAGACAUGAACCUUUCUCGACCAUUGCUCAAGGUAAACAAUUCUUUACAAUAUGCAUUAUUGGAAUGGGUGGGAUUAUUCUUGGUGCUGGUGUGGAAGACCAGACUCUACCUAAAUAACUGCUGAUUUGAUGGGGGAUAUUAACUUUGAAGUAACAUAGUACUCUUUGAUUUUUUUGUCCAGGGGCUCUCCUCAAUGGAUUUUGUCAAACCAACUCCUAUUCAAGCUGCCUGUAUACCCAUAGCUCUCAUGGGUAGAGACAUUUGUGCUUGUGCAGUCACAGGAUCAGGUAUGGUUUUAAAUUGUUUGUUAAGAUAUAGUAAUCUUGAAUGCUAACUAUAAGUUGCUUAAGCACUUUUUUAGUUCUCCUCUGAUUCACUUAACAGCUUGUCACAUGUAAGCUGCUGCAUUCACACCUAAACUUUUCUUCUGUAACCAGGUAAAACAGUUGCAUUCAUGCUGCCAAUCCUUGAGCGUCUCCUGUACAGACCGAGGGCCACGGCAUCAACACGAGUUCUAAUUUUAGUACCUACGAGAGAGUUGGCUGUCCAGGUCCACACUGUUGCCAGGAAACUGGCACAGCAUUCUAACAUUGACAUUUGUUUGGCAGCUGGUCAGUUGUUGUUUUGUUUUUUUAUUCAUAUUUUUUUGUCUCACGAUUCUUCUGUAUCAUAUUUAACUAACUGCAGUGAGUUAUAUCUGCAGAGGACUAGAUUGAGUUCAUGUCGUUAUUUUAUGAUUAUCUGACAGGUGGCUUGGACAUCAAGUCGCAGGAGGCAAUGCUGCGUCUUGGUCCAGACAUUGUCAUAGCUACCCCUGGUCGUUUAAUUGAUCAUCUUCACAACAGCGUAAGCUUUACCCUUAACAACAUUGAGAUCCUAGUCUUGGAUGAGGCAGACAGGUAAGUCUAAUGCAACAACUGUCUCUUAUCAAAAGUAUUUUACCCCUGUUAUGUUUUAGCUCUAAGCUAUUAAAUGUAAAUUUAUUUCUUGUUGAACAGAAUGCUUGACGAAUAUUUUGCUGAACAGAUGAAUGAGAUUAUCCGUAUGUGUGCUCGCCAGAGGCAGACAAUGUUGUUUUCAGCCACAAUGACAGAGACUGUAAGUCACGCAAAUGGUAUCUACAUUAAAGAUACUCUGUUUUGAGUUUUAAUUGCUCUUAAAGCUGGGGAGGAAAUCAAACAAUAGUUUCCAAUAGAACUUUUUACUAACGAUCAACAUCAACAACAAAAAUUAACUUUUAAAAAAAAUUCUUUAUAUUAAACUUCGCUUUUGUUUGUGGCUGGCAAAAUCUUUAUACGUCUAAUUGACCCACUUCCCAUCAACCUAUUAAGCUGAAACUUGACACAUUGCUGAUGACAACACAUUCCCUCAAAUUUUGAGCCACGACCCCAAAAUUCAAUUUGUCCUGUUUUUCCAAAGGGAAGAUGAAGGAAAUACUGAUUUCAUGAUCUAAAAUUCCAGAUAACAGCACUAAAUGAGAUUCUUUAAAAAAAAUAUUGCAGUGUGUUUGGUGCGUAAUAUUUUCUUUUGUUCUUCUGAAAUAGUUGGUGAAAUAAAUCUGGGGUGUAAAAGCAGAUGGGUCAUUAGAAAUUAAUAUAGUUCAGGGGCGUAAAAAGAAAUGUGCUGUUGCGAGUCUGGUGUGGGGGGUGUCACUAAUUGGAAUUCUUAUAAAGUGCGUUACUUGUAUGCAUUUUCAGUCAAAUUUUCAGCCCCACUUUAAUAAGUAUUAAAUUUUAUAAAGAAUUUAUACGAAAAACUUUGUUUUUACAGUUUGUUUAAUUUAUAUAUCUAUUUUGCUUAUAAGAAUUAUUUAAUUUUAACUUCUCAGGCUCACAUUGCAGUGUUAAAACUUUUCUACACAAGAUUUUAUUUUAUUUAUGGUAUCAUCAUCAUUCAGAUCCACUGACCAUUUGAGUAUGUGCCCUUUGGCAUGAAAUUUUAUAGUAUUAUUAAAUGGAAUUAUGGCCUACAAUAUUUUCUCUAAAAUGCAGUGAUAGAGGAUGGAAAUGUGCCAUAAAUAAGAUACAAUUUUUUAUUGAUCCAAAUAAAUGGAAAUAUUUUGUAUACAUAUUCAUAUUCAUUUUCAAUGCAUGCAUAAAUAUUCUUACAAAGACAAACAUUUUUAAACUAGAACAAUUUAACAACACAAGACCGCUUAUUGAUUAUUUUCAAGUGCAAAAAUCAACCAUGGAACUUCACUCAUUUAAUGACCAAUUGGCUUAUGAGGGAUUAUAAAGGAUUCCCAUGGAAAGCCUCAGAAUUAUAGAUACUUAUUUUUUAAAUUUUAUCAGGUCCAAGAGCUUGUUGCAGUCUCUUUGAAAGAUCCAGUGAAAGUUUUUGUCAACCAGAGUACAGAAGUUGCCCUGGGCCUGCGACAAGAAUUUGUCAGAAUACGCCCGAACCGCGAGGGUGACAGAGAGGCUAUUGUAGCUGGUAAACAUUUUUUUUAUAACUUGGCAAUUCUGUUGUUGAAAGAAUUUAGUUUAUUCAGUCUCGUUAUACUUUUGAACAUUCAUAUUAAAUUUUAUUUUUGUAUUAUUUCAGCCCUAGUAUCUCGUAACUUUUGUGAUCGAUGUAUCGUGUUCAUCCAGACAAAAGUUCAGGCACAUCGAAUGCAUAUUCUGUUAGGUCUACUGGGGAUCAAUGUUGGGGAGCUCCAUGGUAAUCUGUCUCAAGCCCAGGCAAGUUUUAUUUUCUAAUAAUAUGUAUUUUUUUUUCAAAUUCGGGAAGUGGUGUCAAAAAGGUAAAGGAAAAGCAACACAGUUUGGUGAUAGCUGGCAGAACUGAUUUUAUCUUUUAAAAAGUUUAUUACAAUGUUUAUCUGUUUUGCAUUCAUAACAAAUUGUUGCAUUGCCCCUUAACUUUUCAUUGCAAAGAAAAGAGGCCAAUAGACCCCAUUUAAAAAAAUGUCAAGCCUGUUGCAGCUCUUGUUGGUGUUAUUUCAUCUCACUGUAGCCGCAGAGCCAAAAGGACAGUUGAGCUGUGUCAAAUGUUCUAAUUUCUGCAAAUUAUUUUCCAAUCCGUAGUAGCUCUUCUUGGAACAAAUUAACUUUUCCAAACACAGUUGACUGUAACUGUUAAGGAAAAGAUUUCCUUCAGGUUGGUAAUAAAUUAUCUGCUGUUCCCAUUCAUGUGUACAUUAGCCAGUUACAUUUCUCUUAAGCACUCUGUGCACAUCCCAAUUUUAUGGUUGGCAGCACUGCAAGAGCUGGUAAAGAUAUGGCAGGCAUUAUCCAGCGAUUGAUUUGUUUAGAUUUUUCAUGCUACCGGCCAUUAACAUGUUUUUCAACUUCAUCAUACAUUUUUACAAGCUGUUGUUUUUUUGUUUUUUUAUAUUCUAAUAACUAAACAUUGAUUCCUGUGAAAAAUUUACAGCGUUUAGACACUUUGAAAAGGUUUAAAGAGGGACUGAUUGAUGUCAUGUUAGCCACAGAUUUAGCCUCCAGAGGAUUGGACAUUGAAGGUGUCAAAACUGUGAGUAAUUUAUCACAUAAGCCUAGUUUUCAUUUUUAUUGAUCUCAGUGAAUGAUAAUCACUUCAGUUAUUAUUGGUUAAAUUUAAAGACUCUACCUGUUGCUGUAACGCAGAACUGUCAAGCAUCACUGAACACACUUUGUUAUUUACUAUGCGUUAGAUGUGUUCAUGCAGUUUUUAUCUGGUGUUUGAGAGGGAUUAUGAGUUAGUCAUCUUUUGUCCAUUGUAGAGAAUCUUAUAUUGAAAUAUUAUGAUUUUGUGUAGUAUUUUGACGGAUAGCUUUCACUUGAGCUAGUACACUGAACUUUCAUCUUGUAACAAUCAUGUAUCAAUAGUUAUUUAAUAUUAUUGUUUCUGAACUACUGAUAUCUAUCCUGUGUAAAUCUUACAUGAAAUAUAUAUAACUAACUGUACACAUUCAAAUGGAUAUAUGGCAUGAAAUAAUUGAGUUUUUAAAUAUAUUUAAAGCCAAUAGGACAACAGUACACCAAGUCUUAAAAUUAGUGGUUACCCCAAACUUAGCAACUAAUGUUUUGUAACAAAAGAUAGUCUAGAAGAGCAGGGAAAAAAUAUAAAAGAUAUGAUCCCUACUUUCUCUAUAGAAACGUAAAUGGUGACACACAGUUUGUUUUUUCUGUAUUUGCAGGUUAUCAAUUUCACAAUGCCGAGUACUAUUAAACAUUACAUUCAUCGUGUAGGCAGAACUGCAAGAGCUGGUAAAAGUGGCAGGUAUAUGCCGCCCACUGAUUAAUUUUUAUUUUACGCAAAAUUAUUUUGUAUGUGUUCAUGUAAUUAAAGUAAUAAAAUGCAAACGACCGGUUUUGAUUGAUUUUUAAUGAAAUAAUCAAUCCAGAAAUUAAUAUCAUUAAAUGUUUAAAUCUGUAUUUGCGCGGAGUGCAAGUCAACUUUUGUCCUACAUUUAUUACUUUUUUUUUUUAAAGAGUGAGUGCUGAUAAAAAAUUUUAAUGGUCAUUAUUCAGUUUUAUAAAAGAUAUAAUAACUCUUUUAAUGGUUUUUAAAAAUAAUUUUUAUAGAUCUGUGACUCUGGUUGGAGAGAAGGAGAGAAAAGUACUAAAAGAAAUAGUCAAAGAAGCAAAAACGCCUCUCAAAACAAGGGUCAUUCCUCUAGGUGAAUUUUGCUCUAUAUAUAAGUUAUUGUUGAUCUAUAAAACAUUGGAAUGUCUUAUUAUAAAAGUAUUGGUGCUUUCAAUGAUAUAUGAAAUAUAACUCACAAAGUAGGGGAAAACCUGAAAGAUGACAAUAUUUCAAAUUGCUUCAACCUGGACGCAGUCCUCCGCAUAUUACACUGCAUUGAAAUAUACCACUGACAUAGGUAGAACAACCCGUUUAUGAGAAUAAAAAGCUUUUCUAUUCAUUUAUCACACAGGCAAUUAAAGCAAAUUAUUUUUAUUUGAACAGAUGUUAUAAACAAAUUUCGGACUAGGAUUACAGACCUAGAGGAUGACAUCAAAGCCAUUCAAGCCCAACAAAGAGAAGAAAGCCAUUUGCGCUCCGUAGAGAACAAAAUGCAAAAAGCUCAGAAUAUGUUGGAAACAAAGGAAGAAGACACAACCCAUAGAACUUGGUUCCAGAGCUUCAAGGAGAGGAAGGUGGAGAAAGGCAGGUUCCAGAACUUUAGAUACAUCUGAAUAUCAUUUUUGUUUAUUUUUAAUAAAAUUGAAUUAACUUUUCAGCUCAUUAGCUUCUUAUCUUUGAAUUAUUAAAAGAAUUGUGUGAAAAGAGCUUCAUUUAAAUGCAUAACACUCGAAAUGAAUUAAACUGUUUUAAUUUUUUUGUUAUGAUUAAGUAGUUAAAGUAAUGUUGAUCAAGUUAUUGUAUCCUAUUCAGCUAAACUGAGGUUGGCAGACAGAGAUCAGAAAGAAGAUAAAAAGAAGACGAGAAAAAAAUUAACGGUAUUUUUCUGUUUUUAAAAAAAAUGUUUAGGAAAGUUAUGAUUACUUAAGUUUUUUUAAGAAUUAAACUAUUAAUAUUAUGCCAUUUAAGAGAGAGCUAUAGGCAGCUUUGCUAACUGCAAGUCUCAAAAGAGCCUUGGGGUGAUGUCAGCCAUGAAGGGAGGAGGGGCAGGGCUUGUCUUCCUUAAGAAGAUUGUGUGAUUAGAUAAGAUUGCUGGUUCUCAGUGUAAUGAUCUGUGAAGUACCAGGGCUGGAUAUGGCAACUAUGAGUCUUGUGCCUCUGCCUGUGAUGUAUUUUGGGAAACCUUAAGCAUCCAAGACUUCAUAAGACAGUUAAUUGUUUUCUUAUGUAGGCUGAAGACCGUGUCAAUUUUGAGCUCACCAAAGCCCAGUUACUCAGUAUCAGAGCUGCUAAAAAAUCUCUCAAAGCCAAGCCAUUGAGUGCAUUCGCAGACCACUCAGAUAUAGGUCAGUAAUGUUCUGUACUUUUUAUUGUUUUGUAUUUAAUAAAGUUUUAAACUCGAUGAAGUUAAUAUUUUAGCAAUGUGAGCAAUGGUUUGUUGCAAACUUGGCAGUGUUUGUCGUAAACUUGGCAUUACAAUAUUUUAAUUAAAAUAUAAUUCUGUAAUUGCUUUGGUUUAGGAAAAUAAUUACAGCUGUUUGUCACUUUGAUCUUAAAGUUCUUAUAAAAUAUUAUUUUUAGCAAAUUUUAAUAUAUUUUUAAAAAUAAAAAAAAUCCCAGAUUCAUCCAAAUCCAAGAAAAAGAAAAACAAGAAAAGAAAACAGUCAGGAAAAUCUGGAUUUGAAGAAGAAUUGGCGGAUAUUGGAUCAUCAGCUGUAAAGAAGUUUAGAUCUGGGUAAGUUGUCUCAAAAAACCCUCUUCUUACACAAAUUGCUCUAAAAUGGCAGCUAAAACAUUAACUCUUAAACUGUCACUGUCUUUCUAUUCACCUGCAUAUGUAGACCGUCCUAUAAGGAAAGGCAAGAAGCUGCAGGCGCUAAUAAGAAAUCUAAAGGUGGCGGCCUGAAACCUAAGGGUGGUCCAAAACCAUUUAGGAGGAACAAGUAAGUAUACAAAUUCAAAUAAUAAAUGAUAACCCUUUACAGAACCACUCUUCCUUAUUACGCACCAGGGGUGCCACUUUUCCGGGUUAUCCCGGAAUUCCGGAUUCGUGAGGCUAAAUAUUUUUCAGUUCCGGAUUCGCGAGUUUUUAUAUUCUCUAUUUCCGGAUUCGCCAGUUCAAUUUAUUCAAAUACGGAUUCUGUCUGUUUUUUUUUAAAGAAUCAACGUGCAACAGAAUUCGCGAAAAACCAGGAAAAUUCAUUGAAAAUGGACGUUAAUCGCCGAUCUCGUCUAUUUUUAGCCUUUCUCUUGACAGAGAGCUAGUGGUUUCCCCUUGCGCAUGCGCUUUACACUACGCGUUUCGAGUACUGUACUACUUCAAUAGACCAGAAAUAUUUAUUUUCUGUUCACGUCGCCGAUCAAGAGAUAUUUGAAGUGUUUGGGUAAGCAAAGUGUAAAAUUUAGUAAAUAUCUUUUUUUUAAAUUUAGUUUUUAAUUGUUGGGUAACCAUUAUCAUAAAAAGAAAACUACUCGUCCGAGCACUGUCUAACAAGACUAAGCUUAGCGUACUUUGUUAUGUAGCUUUACUGUAUGCAGGCGACUUGUAUUUUUUUUUUAUUAGAAGAGCUAGGACUAGGCGGCGUUUAACUUUUGUUUAAAGACUUCUUAAGUUCACUUUACAUUUAAUUACGGAGUAAGCCUUCUAAUUUUAAAUAGGCUAAUAGGAUUAAGUUAUUUUUAUCCGUUCUGUAGAGAGCCUGACAUAACUGUAUUUAGUUAGUUUUUAUUUUUAUUUAUUAGUUAUGCACUCCCGUGUUCUGACUCUGGGUAUACUUUACGGUAAUUUGUAAUUCUACUAUUACUAGUAUUCAUAAUGCUCUGUAUUACCGUAGCAGUAGUGCCGUAGUUAAAUACUGGUAUAAUAUAGUCGAUAUUAUUAUUAUGUAUGCCUUACUAUAAACUAUAAAUCUAAUAAGAUAAUAUAUUUUAUUUUGUUUCACUAUUCAGGAUCUAGGCUCAAUAAAAAUAUGUAAUGCCCAACAGUUAACAGUUCCUUUAACUUUAAAGAACUGAUGGUCAUUACAGUUACAGUACAGCAAUUGGCAAUCAUGAUUGAAUAAGCCAUCAAUGAAUACUAUGCUGGAAAUAUUGAUAUCAUGUAUUCAAGGGGAAAAUGUCUGAGUCAAUCAUCUUUAUCACCCAUCUUAGGUGUCCACUUUUGUAACUUCUCAAUUUAUGAAAUUUAUGUGUCAAACUAUGAAACUCUCACACUUGGGAGAUAGUAUAGACACUAAAGUGUGUUGAUUCAAACUAUCCAUUUUCAUCAUAAAGAAGACAACAUUAACUCCAUAUAUGAAAAGAUACUUUCCACUUGUGGUAGCUAUACUUUUGUUCUAAAAUGCCCAGAUAACUCAUUGCAAAAGUUGACUUUUCAAGUCUAAGUAAAUUGAAAAAUUGCUAUUGCUGUAAAUUUAAUAAAUACUAAUAAAUGUUUACAUGUAUACACCUUAAUUGCUUAAUUUUGUUCAUUUGUGAUGUAUCUCAAUGUUUUAUUUGAUAAUUUCAUGCUUGUUUUUAUAUUAAUCAACAAAACGCCGCAUUGCGAUAAUCAGGAAUUUUGAGUUUCAUUAAGUUUCAGGGAUUGAAAAAUUUGUAAAUGAAGUUUCAGGUUUCAAGAAAUUUUUAGAAAGGGAUUUCAGGGUUCACAGCUGUCAGUGAGUGGCACCCCUGUUACGCACUGUGUUUUUACUUUAACGGCCCUUUCUACCUCAAAGGGUUAAACACUGAUUGUUUACUUUUACUUUAUCAGGGAGGACUUUUGUACAAUUUAAAAAAAAAAAUGAAACAGUUUGAAUGUGAUUGAUGUUUGUAUUGAAAUACAAUUUUUUUGUCAGAAUAUUAAUUUCUCAUAUUAUUUUUUUGUUUUUAAUACCGGUAUUCUUAAAUGAAAAGCAUUUUACAUGGAAAAUUUUAUAGAAAAUAUUUUAUGAAAUAUACAUUUAUUAAAUACCAUGUUACUUAUAUUUAUAACUUAUUUGCCUUUUAAAUAUCUUUUCAGGAAAAGAUGACAGAUUAAAUAUGUAAUUUAGGAAAUAAAAUUCCAGAUAAAUUUUCAUC